CAUCGGCACACCCUCUUUUGGCCGAUACUAUCGGCAAAAUAAUUUGAUCUGUCAAAAGAGUUAAAAAUAAUCUAGACGAUUAAUGCUCGUAAUUGAGCAGGAAAAAAACAAAGAUUUUUUAUUACCCCUUAAAUGGACACAGUCGUUCCGGAACCAGCAAUGCCACCAUCCCCCGCCGCGGCACUAUCGGCACGACGUGAAGCUCGAAGGAAACGCAUUUUGGAAAACUCCAACAAUCGCCUAACUAAAAUUACAGGAAGGGAACACAACGAAUCAACUGCUGAGGACUUUACAGUGAAACCUCCCGACGUUAUUUAUCCCGAUCCAGAAGAUGAACGUGAUGUAUAUCAACAGCCGGAAAUUAGUCCAUUUUUACAAGACGCUGGCUUUCCAUCAGCUGACGGCGACAUAUUUUCACUACUAAGUACACUACAACAAGUGCAGUCUAAUGGAGGGAUUGCUGGUGGUGGCCCGGUGCAUUACGGCGAGUCAACGAAUGUCCCACCCGUCCCGGAAAGCAAGUUGGUGAGAUUUCUUCGUACAAAAAUUCACAUUGCACUGACAGGGAUCGCUGUAUAUCUACUGUUUGCGGCCGAUCAGCAACAUUUGAUUGGAGGGAAUGUAUUUAUUCUGCUGCUGGGCUGGGAAUUUGGUGAAGUUUUUCUGUUGAAAUCGCACGAACCAAAAUCUUCCUUCCUGGAUAUUGUGUUCCUUCUCGGAGGAAUAUCGAACAAAUAUUCCCGGAUUAUAUUGAAAUUUGCACAAACAGUCAACCGAGUGAUGAAGGAUGUAGCAUUUUUCGUUUUUUUCUUUGUUCUAACACAUCUGGUGUGGAGUCGGUUGGUGCUGGGAAUCGAAUUCAACUAUGUGUUAGGCUAUGACCGGUUGGAAUCGGACGAGAAACUGUUGUCCUCGUAGGGACAAUUUCUGCCGGUGUUCUGGUACGGUGCAAAGGUGAGUCAAGUUUUCAAAUACUUCUUUUAAUUCUGAUUGUUUCAUAUACAAAGUCACAAAAAAUCUUGGGGGUUGAUUCUCCAGUCCUUUUGAAAUACUCCUGUCGUCACAAAUGUAUGGGCAAAAGCAAAGAUAACCAACAAGACUAGGAUGUUUUGCUACCUUUAAAUGUUAAGUUGCUAGUAACGAUAAAAUAUGUGCUUUCAAGAAUA